AUGGAGAAACUUCAGGGUAUUAUUCAAUCAAAUCCAAGAUUACUUGAGCCCAUUUUCACCGAAGCCAAUACCUAUUUAAGCACCAAGAGAUGGUAUGAGCUUGGUCAAAAGAUUCAAGAGAUUCUCACAAUUCCAGUACUCAGAGGCAAAUAUUUAUUUAUUUUCGAUAACUUCGUCCGCUUGUUCUUCGAGGCACUUGAUCCAUUCCAGCGUGCUAAAAUUAUCCUAUCAGUUUCUGAAGAAUUAGAUAUCCAAAAUUGCUUACAGUUCUUGAAACAGUCUCUUGAGAAGUAUUUCGAGAAGAUCCCAGAACCAGCAACACUUAUUAAAUUGCGCAUUGUUUUCUGCCACACACAACUUGGCGAAUUCGAAACAGCUCUUAAUCAGCUUAUUCAAAUUGAAGAUACAAUUACCGAAAAGACAGACUUAUACGUUAGAUCUCAAUUCCAUCGUACACAGGCCGAUCUUGAUAAGGCUCGUGGCGAUUUUGAUUCAUAUUACGAACAUGCUCUUUAUUAUCUUUCUACUGCCAAGGAUAAUUCCAAUCAGGUCAUUGCCUACGAUCUCUGCAUGUCUGCCCUCUUCUCUAUUAGCGUUUGCUCCUUUGGAGAAUUAGCUUCCCACAAGAUCCUUGAUUCUCUUGUCGGAACACCAAACGAAUGGCUCCGCAAUUUGAUUCUUUUACUCAACAAGGGCGAGCCAUCGUCAAUUCCUGAAUUCAAUGAAAAAUUCAUGCCAAUCAUCGCAGCAAACGAAACAUUCAACCAAUUCAAGGUUCCUAUCCAACAGAAAAUCGCUCUAUCCGUUUUCUUACAGCUUAUCUUCGCAAGACCAUUCGAAUCUCGUAUUUUCUCAUUCGAAGAAAUCUCCCGCGAAUGCCACGUUCCUCUUGACCGCGUCGAGAUCCUCGUCAUGAAGGCCCUCUCUACAGAGCUUAUCCGCGGAGAAAUCGACGAAGUUGACCAGAAAUUAACAGUUACAUGGUGCAAGCCAAAGGCACUCGAUUUACAGCGCUUGAAGCACCUCAAAUUCGAAAUCGAUAGAUGGUGCGAUAAGGUUCACAACCAGAUGUUUGCUUUAUCUCAGAGAGCUCAGCCAGUCGUUGGCUAA